AUGUCGCUGUUGGCUGUGAUUUCUAAAUAUGUAACAUGGAUAGUUAUAUGGAUUGACGGAUAUAUUAUAGGGUUUGAUUAUCAAAAGGAUAUAUGGGAACGAAGAGCACAAAUAGAUAUCUGUUUAAAAGACCUUGAUAAUUCUAAAGAUAUAAAGCAAGAAUUUUUAGAAGAAGUUAAAAAUCAACAUAAACAUGGGGGCAAUUCGGCAAUUGAGAUUUAUGGAAUAACCAAGAGCCCAAAAGACGGUAAAUACAUGAUGAUUAUGGAAUAUGCAAAGCAGGGAAGUCUCAGAAAAUUGUUAGAUAGCAAAUAUGAUGAAUUAAAUUGGGCUUCUAAAGUAGCUAACUUAUAUUAUAUAGCUAAAGAAACUGAAUUAAAUAAGCAAGUUGACAAAAACUUCUUAACAUAUGAUCAAGUUAAAUACCAGACACAUCCACAAGCUAUUUAUACAAGUCGAUCAUUGAAUCUUUCAAAACUCUCUAAACCAGUAAAUGCAGGUAACAAUAUUUAUUUUCUUAAAUUGGAUUUAAUUUAUAGUUUUAGUAUACUUAUUGAUGAAAUCUCCGAUG